UGCAACUAGUGCAGCCCCGUGCUGGCUGCACCGACUGGUUCGUGCAGGUCGUGCCUGCUGUUGGGCGUGUUGUGCUGUGUCUCUGUGUAACUGUGUAUGUGUUUGCGAGAGCAUCGCUUGCUGCGUUGCUGUGGUGUGUUCGUACAUCAAUUUUCAAACCACACGUCGGUAUCGUGUAUCUCACGGCUCAGAUUGCACGGCCGCCGGUUUAAAUGAUACUCACUCCCGAAUGCGCCAACCUCCUGGGCACCCAUACAAGCUUCCCCUUUCAUCAUACCAUUUUUGAGCCCGCGUUAACGUGCUUUUCUGUGUGUGUGAGUGUGGUUGAAUGCAUCAGGAGCAAACAAAAAAAGUGUGUAUGUGUGUGUGUGUAUAAAAUCCGCUAGCGUGGAGGAGCUUCCCUUGCGGAUCCUUCCCACAGCCGGUUCCGGUUCCGCUACCGUUGCGACAAUGUGACUGUGAAGUGGUGGUGGAAGAAAACGUCGUGCAAAAAUGAAACGAAGAAAAAAAUGCAAACAACCCCAACGCUGCCCGAGCAGGAAGUGACGGUGCCGUAGUGGUAAAGUUGUGUGCACCCUAUCAUCCACUAACAGUGUCUACUACUGCCACUACUUCUGCCGUGGCGGCUGCUGCUGCUGCUGCUACUGCAUCUAACGAUAAGUGGAACCUACCAUGAGCGUCAAAAUCGUUGCAUGCGUUAAAGUUUUGCAUAGAGCUGGACGUAAAGCUGAGGGACGCGUGCACGACUUUAUGCCCUUCAAUGUUGUGCAAGUAUGUAGAGGUAGAAGCAAAAAAAAAAGAGGAACGAGCACAUUCUGGCAAAGGUGGAAUUUAUUUGGGUACGUGUAAGAAGUGGUUUACUUUUUGGGGUGUAAGUUUGCUUAACGAAAACCUCCGGUGCAAAUGGUGAAAGUAUGCACCGAAUGUAGAAAUGUGUUCCCAGACAGUCGACCAGUACGGAACGUACUGCUUAUCACUGAUUUGCGGCAGGAAAAAGUAAAGCAAGAAGUGUAUGUGUGUGUUUUUGUGAAGUUAAAGGUACGAACAAACUGAUAAGACUCCCGCAAAGCACGAACGAUCAUGGGAGCGCUUGUGUGAAGCAAUCCAAAAAUGCACUACAGUUUUAUCAAGCUUAAAGCAAAGUCUUUUAAAAGACCUUACCAAUAUCAGUGAAGAGUUUGUGUUGCGCUGUGAAAAUCCAAACCCAUCAGCUCCGUCGAUCACCGUGCUGUUGCCUCACACCUUUCAAGUGACACACUCGAGACAACUGCUGCUGAUGGGAGUCGUUCUUCACUGCAAAGAAACAACUCCGCAGGCAAGUGUGAGCCAUCGGCAAUGAGGAACAUCUAGAUAAAAUCCCUUUGCCGGUAAAUUAGUCACGUUCGUCCCGUGCGCUCGCACCCGCUUGCUCUCUCUCUCUCUCUCUCUGUAUCCCACGCGCGAUCCUCUCUCGCUUGCUAAGAUGAGAUACAGUGCAGCUACGAAUGCGUUUCUUGCGUUUCAGAAGGAUCUGCUGCGGGGUACGGGUGCCCAUUAUUAGCACGCCUUUAGCCGCACGUCGCCCGUGCACGCCAUAGAUCGUAGUAUUAGAGCCCACUCGGUUUCGGUGGGUGUUAGCUGAUUCGCCGGAGAGAGUUAACAAUUUGGCCCCAGACGAUGGGCGAUGAUGUCAUAUGCAUCGACUCGGACGAGGAUGAGGAAGCGGAUGAGGUACCGGUUAGGACUAGGGAACCGAUCGGAAACCGUGCGCAUCGGUUUGCGGGUGCACGUGGUCGCACCGGCGGAAGACAUCGAUGGCAGCGACGCAAAGCGCAAAGAGGAAGAAAAAAUGACUUCACUGCUUCGAGCACCAGCAACGGCAAAAACAGCAACGACACACCGCUGGGAAAGCUACUGUAUGGACUGCGGUGGCUCAGCUCCGAGAUGUACUUCGGUGAAUGGGCGGGAAAAUCGGGCCCAGAUUUUCCCUUCCACGUGGUGGCGCAGCGCGUUCGAUCACUCGUGGCAGAGUUUCAACGGUUCGCUGCCAUGGGACUGCUUACGAUGCCGGAACGCACCGAAGGAUGGCGACAAGUGGUGAGAUUUUUAGUGCUUCUUCGCACGGUGGGGCUCACCGAAGUGGCACCCAAUGAGGAUGUUGAUCAAGGUUGCCACCAUCGAGGGAACGAUAAUCAGCAGUCAAUUGAUGGUGUGGGUCGAUCGCGAACCAACCACAAAUCGAAGCCCGGCGUUCAGCAAUCGGACCGCUUUGCUGCCUGUGAUGGUGAAAAAGCGCGACAAACCCGUCGCUACCAGCUGACAGUGAUCGAUAUACUGGCGGACUACAUCCGGUUCCGGUGUGAAUCGGUGACCGGCCUGCAUCCGCCCGUCCAGCCGGCCACGCUGCUGCGGGAGUGUAACCGGAUCGUGGGCAGCAUGUUCGUAAUCUUCGACGGUAGCAUGGAGCUGAUGGCGCUGACCCUACUGCGCCUGCCGCCGGACCGUCAGCACACACUGCUGCUCUAUCCCGUGUUUGAGAACGUUCUUACUCAGGCCGGCACAGCCCCGGCCGACUACGACACCAUACCUGGGUACGUCCGGAUGCUGCUUUGCUACAAGCGCUGGAAGUCACUCGUGCACGGACGGGACGAAAAAGCUGCCAUCGAUGCACACGCCAUCCGGCUGCUGCCCGGACGCUGUCCAACGGUUCGGCACACCUCCGACCUAUGCUUCCUGCGCCUGCUGCCACCUGUACCGCCCGGUCAGCGGGGGGCCGAAACGCGCUAUCUGCUGGUCAACGAUCUGUUCAAUUUGGAGCACUGCAUUGCACAGUUCCGACAUCAUCAUCGUCGCACAUCGGUGGGCGGACACACGGGCAGUCGGGACGAAUCAACCGCAAAGCAGCAACGCGACAACGGCUCCAAUCGUCAGCGGCAUCUGCAGCAAUCGAUGGAAAUCAGAAGCAAUUACAUCAAUGUGCCGCUGCUGGCCGAGCUGAUCGAACGGAAGGGUCAGCUAUGGGCUCGAGCCGACGCGGCAUGGCUGCAGCAGGAAGCACACUCCAUCAUCGAGAGCUUGCGAUUGAUAUUUCGCAACCGGGCAGAAUUCAUCCAACUGACGCUGCUUCGUGUGAAAUGCAAUCCGGCCGCCGGACCCUCCCUGCUUGGCCCCGUGUUCAAAGCAUUUCUCGGCACAACAGCAGCAAUGGCGACCGGCACAUCAGCAACGACCUCCACCGGCCUGACCAUUUAUCGAUCAAACGAUGUGGAAACGUACGGUCGGCUGCUGCUUUGCUAUGCCAAGUGGAAGUCACUGUACUGGCGGGAGGAGGGAGCGACCGUCGGCGAGCCCACCGAGUGGGCCGACAUCGAUGCAGUCGCCCUGACGCAACUGCCGUACGAUUUUCCACGUGCCAUUUGCCCGCGAGAUGCACUGCUGCGACGCAUCUUUCCCAGUGGGGCAAAGUGCAACAAUGCCGCCAACAACGGUGCAGGUGUGGCGCCAGCCGAUGCCAGCAAACGAAACAAUGCUACGACCCGCACUCUCCUUCGAACACUUCCGAAGCGGUCUGAUCUGCAGGAGCUAUGCUUGAAAUUCGCACAGGCGUACCGUUGCGACUCGGAUGCAUCGUUACCCGUGGAGGAAGCCUCUGUCCAAGAGCGGCAAGCAACGCACACACCAACAACAAGUUCAACCGCAUACAAAUCACCGUUCAGCAGCACGGAACGGUCACUUCGUCGGCACUUGAGUGCGGACGAUAUAUCCGGUCAGCCUACCGGCCAAGCGGAUCCGUGCCCGGCUGAAUAUCGAUCGGAAAUGAAACCGAUUACUAUUCCAGACAGCGACGAUGCAGACGAAACGUCCACUGGCGGCAAUACCAGCUCGCCGGUUAAAGAAAUCGAGCACAAUAUAGCGGCACAAAUUUUACUGCCUUCGCUACGGUCCGCCGCAUGCACCGAUACGUACACCGCAACUGGAAUGGACCGACACUCGCCCAGCAUAGCGCCGCCAGAUCAGUUCGUUACGGAUGCUGCAACACCCCCGCUGACAGUAUGGCCAACGUUUGGGGAAUGUUUCCUCAAUACGCCUCCAGCGACACCACAACACGAACUGCCCCCGGAAGCGGGAGAUGAGGAGCAGCAGCAGCAGCAACUCCACCAUCAUCGUCGAAGUGCGGCAGUCAAAAAGUCGUUUCCAAGUCCGAGCUGGACCCGACUAAAGGGAACAAUCCGAUCGGUAGGUCGCCGGAAGAAGCGUACAACUGUGACAGGCAUCGUCAAACGUGCCCUGGUGAAGGUUUUCGCUCACGAUGGAUGGUGGAAUUUUGCCGACAUUCUAGCGGUAAAGAUUCGCAGCCCAAUCGGGAUCAUCCAACAGUGCUCAUCAAUAAUGAACAUCAUUGGUACGGGGGAAGAUGCUGUGAGAAACGUGGUCACAAAUGACCGUGUGGAGGUUUUGUCGGCUGAUGCUGCUGAGCCCUCGAGACUGGAGGUCGCGAGCCGACGAUCGUCCAGCAAGGGGGACGAUCGUUCGAAGGACGAUGCCUUGCUAUGCGAACUUAUCGAUUGUCUCGGUGCAGUUGAUACAAUGCCUUUCGAGUCAAAACAGGGUUACGUUGAUUUUGCCAUACUGCCCGACAAUCUGGGACACGGUGCAGAACGCAGCCAGUGCGACGUGAUGGACGACCAGGCGUCUCCAUCGAGUUGCGGUUCGGGCUGCGGUGCCAUGUCCCCGCUCUUCGCUGCUGAUAGUGAUAAAUAUGUAUUGUUGUUCACAGAGCUAGGGCCCGUUUCCUGGCCAAUUGUAUAGCGUCCUAUCCCCACAAACUAGGAUAGGAUAAUAACGAUUUGAAUGCAUCGUUGCGAUACGCAGCCAUUGUUAUAUUGUAAGCGGCUGGGCGUCUCCAUCGCGGAGAGGUUCGCGCUCCUUGCCACCCUUCUCCACUACCCACGGAUCGAUAGGUGCUUCCCGGCCGUGACCUACAAACCCCAAGGCGGGCUGAACCUUCGAUCCAAUCAAAGCUCAUCGACUUUCAAGGGCUGUUUGUGUCAAUUUCGUCUUUUCAAUGCCCACUGACCUCAACCGGUCGGUAAUGUACAGAUGCACGGAAAGCUGUGACACAUCCGUCGAAGCAAUUUAGAUAAGAAAACGCGGUACGAACGAUGGCCUGCCCAAGGUGCGUGUGUAUGUGCCAGAGUGUACCAAGUUCGCCAGAUUGUAGAUGUUAAGAAUGUUGCAAAUGAAGAGCUAAUACUCAUGUUCAAAUGUCCUUUCUUCACGCUUUUUUCAAUUAUCUUCAAUGUUGUGUCCUGUAUGUGUUUUUAUGAGCGGCCUACUUACGAUACGCCUCGAUGUGUUUCAAUGUUUGUGAACCAAUUAACUCCUUUUCAUGCCUUAGCUUAGUGUCACUUUACACUUUAAAUAUACAAAUAUAAAUUCAAUUGGAGAAGAGAAACAUUUCACAUAACUGAAUAUAAUUAAUCUUAGUGUAUAACGUGUCUUACUUGAAUUCAGUAUACAUUAAAAACUCAUGCCUGUUGUGUUUAUACUUAAGAACCAACCGAACACAUUCAUAUGGUUUCGUAUGUACUGUGUUUCAAUGUGCUCUUAAGACAAGCUAUGAUCAUUUUGUGUCGCAUUAAUGUUAAUGGAAAAUGGUUAGUUAAAUGUUGAACAUAGUUCCCGAUAACCAGUUUUUAUUCAUUUUUGAGAAAAUUCACAUUUGCCUUCCGGUGCUAUUUAUUUUAUUAAAUAUUGCAUUACAUUGCAAUUGUCAUUGCAUGCACAUAAAGAAGAAUUGAAUAAUGAUUAUAGAACAUUUUAUUUAUAUUGUAUUAUCAUUUCAUUUUUUCCUCAUAAUUUUAUUUUUAAGUUUAGACUUAGAGUAGGAUAAUCAAACAUUAAAUAGUAUUUGGGACGAUUCGAACGAUUAUGAGAAAUAUCUACAAUGCAUGCUGCCUAACAGGUUGGCUGAUAAGUCCCCGGUCAAACAAAGAAAAAUACAUUUUUUUGUCAAAAUUCGUUUUUAUUAUUCAACAUAGUUCCCUUCAAGAGCGAUACAACGAUUAUAACGACCUUCCAAUUUGUUGAUACCAUUUUGGUAAUACUCCUUCGAUUUUGCCUCAAAAUAGGCCUCAGUUUCGGCGACCACCUCUUCAUUGCAGCCAAUUUUUUUCCCUGCGAGCAUCCUUUUGAGGUCUGAAAACCAACAAGAAAAAGUCGCUGGGGGCCAGAUCUGGAGAAAUCUGGUGGGUGGGGAAGCAAUUCGAAGCCCAAUUCAUGAAUUUUUGCCAUCGUUCUCAAUGACUUGUGGCACGGUGCGUUGUCUUGGUGGAACAACACUUUUUUCUUCUUCAUAUGGGGCCUUGACAAAAGUUGCUUGACAAAAGACGCUCUGUCUCACAAAUUAAUUGACAUACAGACGUCAAAUUUUGACACCAAUCAUUUGAAGGUUGGUACUAUAUAAAAAUAAUAUGCAUUUAAUACUAGCGGCGCCAUCUAUGUGUCAGACCGGGGACUUAUCAGCCAACCUGUUAGUAACAGGCAAAUUCAUUAUCCUAGAACUGCUCAUUAGAGUCACUUUUGUUUUAUUCCCAAUAAUCAAUUUCCUUUUUUGGUUAUUAUUUUUUUAUUGAUGAUUCGUACGAUGGAAAAUUUAGUAGAUUUUUAUAAUUGCAAUGAAAAGAUUUAUCGUGAAAAUUAUGUACAUAUAUCAGUAAGCAAGUAUUGUUCUCGGGUCCAAUAUAUUAAUGCCUUUAAAAACGCAUCAGUAGCUACGCGAAUAUAAACAAAUUAAAAAUUUUAUUUAUUUAUUUAUUUUUUCCUUUCUUAUUUUUAGUAAUUCAUUCUGGAUCUCACUACCUUUCAGAAUGGCUAGUUUCAUCCUAGUAAUAUGAAAUAUAUUUCUAAACUUCUGGAGUCGCAUUAAUGCAACACGUUUGUUAUCUUCUCACGUUAUGUUCAAAUUAGAAAUAGUACAUAGUUAGGACAGAUCGUCAUCAAAUCUUUAGUCUUAAGAUCUCAAUCAACCACCAUAAAAGAGCAUAUGUACUCUAGAAGACCACCAUCAUCACCAAUCAUGCCUUUGAGUCGUCACCUCCUAACUAUCAGCAUCAUCAUGACACCCGGUUGUUUCCUGUGUGCAAUGGGCAGGAAGAAAGUUUGCGGUGUACUGGAUGCACUACUUUUGCUGACUUUUCAACACAUUCCUAACCUCAGGCACACAGGAGGAGCCCGUUGGUGGUUGCAUAACGAAUUUAUCGGUUUCAGCGUGUUUUACGAGUUUCGGUUUCAAUGGCCAUUGUUGCCCACAGACAGCGAAACUGCUAGCUGGAAGCCAAAGCACUGUAUCAGUACAAUUGAGGGAAGAGAACCGAAGGCAAGAGAGGUUCAGCAGCAGGUCAGCGAGACGAGCGCUAUCACUCUAGCCAACCGGACAUCGCUGACCGGACGGCCGGUCUUUACUUACUUCGACUCAACCGCACUACAAAUGAGAAAGAAAGAAAGAAAGAAAACACACUUUCACUCACACCCACAAAGUAAACAAGCAAACAAAAAGUGGCAAAGAAAACGAUAAGAAAUAUUGAAUGCAAAACGAGUGAUUGGGGGUGAUGGGAGAAGAGAACAGGAAGUACAGGUGAAAUAAUAUCUAAGGCAUACAUUCUUAAACAAGGUGAAACCUACUAGGAGGGAGGUUAUUGUAACAAGACUUGACAGUAGGCAAUAGCAAAAACGAUGAGAAACGAAAGCGCACAGCGCACACACUACCGUACCAAAGGUACACCCGGUGCAUCGUUGUGCCCUCCCGGUAUGAUUUCAUAUAGCAAUAGUAAAUGACAGUUCCUGUGGCUAACAAACGUAUGCCGAUUAAUGCAAACACACCCGACAGGCUUUGCUAGCAAACUAUAGACAGUCCGUUCGUAUAGCGCAAACCACAAACCAUAGCACAAACACAGCAACCAACCUAACCCCUACAAUCAACCAACCACUACUCUUCUACCAGCAAUCAACACCGUGCAUAACCACGAGCCAAAGUCGGAGCAGAAGCUAAGAAACGGCUAGCUAGUAGAAUAAGAAUUAUUGUACAUACUAUGAAGUGAAGCACUCCUACGGUCCCUUCCCGUCUCCUUUUCGAUGGUUUCACCACUAUAGCUAACAGUGACACUGAGAUUGUGCGUAGUGUAAGUAUAUUUGCCGACCCCCGCCCCUGGUACGUGGUAUCACUGUUGUGGGGGCAAAAACAGAAUUUCUGUACUUUUUUUCCUGCUAUCAAUCACUAACUGGUGCAUAGUAAUGCCAUAAUUCUAACGACCCGAUAACCAAAUAAAAGCGUAUUUGCGUACAUAUUCAUAUUU